UAACUUGCAGAUCUCCUUCUAUUGACAGAAUUUCUGAGCUACAGAGGAGACAACAUUGUCAGAGGACAUAUCUCUAGGAGCAUUAAAAGAUUACAGUGAGGACAUAUUUCAUGAUAUGCUGCUGUAAAUAAACUUUGUAAAAGAUGAAUGGGGAAAGUCCACAAAGACAUCACCCAGGAGAAGGAGUUGUCAUGAAUGGAAUUCCAGACCCUGGUCUCACAGACAAGAGUGACCUAAAAGAAGACAAUGAUAUUGUUGCGGUCACCAUAAAUUUGAACCACCUCAGUAAAGAUGAAAAAAUGAAAUUACUCAAAAUCAUUGAGCCUUAUGAUGACAACAUGAGAGUUCUGAAAAAGCAGGAUCUGACUAGCAGUGUGAGCUCAUUGGAAAGAGGCCUCAAAGGUCCCGGAGAUAUUCUCAAGAAUACUUACAGCAGAGUGCAGCAAUCAGUUGAGCCACCAACGAUUAAAGUUGAUGGCCUCGGUGGACAAUUAAAUGCAGAAAGGGGGUUUAAGAGUAAAAUCAAUGGUCCCACUUUGAAUGGGGAAUUGCCCAAUGUAACAUUGGACACGCCUGGAACUGAUGGAGGUGCAAAGUUCACAAUGUCCACUGUGGGAAUGUCUGGGCCUGUAAUGAAAGGAGCAGAUCUGGAUGGCACUGUCAGGGUCCCUAAAGUCAGAAUGUCAACCCCAAAGUUCAACUCUCCAGAUGCCUCACUUGACUUGCAGAAACCAGAGGUUAAAACAGAUGGAUUAAAUUCCAAGCCAACAAAAUUCAAAAGGCCUCACUUAAAUGGGCCAAAACCAGACUUGAAAGACUCAGAUGUUGACAUAGAAGCUCCUACAGGGAAAUUCAAAUGGAAAACUCUAACCAAGCCCAAAUUUGGUUUAUCUGAACCAAAAGUGAAGAAACCUGAAGUGGACAUGGAUGCUGAACUUUCUUCACCUGACAUGAAUCUCACCAAUCCAAACAUUGAUGGAGAGAUACGUUCACCAGAUCUUGAUCUGAGUUCAACAAAAGUUGAGGGUCUAUCUCCAGAUAUGAAGGUGGAGGCUUCUUCGAGUAAAUUCAAAUGGCCUCAUCAAAAGAAACAUAAAUUUGGUCUUCAUGGCUCAAAAGUCAAAUCGCCCAGUGUGGAUGUUAAAGCCAGUCUAGAAACACCAGCUGUUGAUCUUUCUGCCCCAAAUAAUGAGGGUGAUAUUGACACCCCAGAUGUACAAUUACAAUUGCCCAAAGCAGACCUCAGCGGUCCUAAUGUUGACAUUAAUCCUCCUCCCAGUGGAAAGGUUAAGUUGCCAAAACUCAAAAAGCAUAAGUUUGGGCUCAAUGGACCACAGAUUAAAUCUCAAAACAUUGAUGCUGAUGCAGUUUUAAAUGCACCUGAUGUCAGCCUCUCUGUCCCUCAAGCUGAAGGAGGGCUUGAUAAGCCUAAUUUAGAUAUCAAUUUGCCAAAUGCAGGUAUCAAAGGAUCUAAAGUAGACCUGAAUGCACCCAACGUGGAUAUUGAUCCCCCUUCAGGAAAAUUCAAAUGGCUUACUUUGAAAAAGCCAAAGUCUGAUCUUCCUGCACCUAAGCUUAAAGGCGCUGAAAACUUGAAUUUCUCCACUCCAAACAUUAAUGGAGAAAUUAAUGCACCAGAUGUUAAUGUCAAUUUACCCACAGCUGAUUUAAAAGGUCCAGAUGUAGAUCUUCAGGCACCAGAAGUCGACAUUAAGACACCCUCUGGAAAGCAACGGUUUCCAACUUUUAAAAUGCCCACAAUUAACUUUUCUGGAAAUAAGGUUAAGGGACCAGGGCUUAAUGUUGAUGCCGGUCUGAAGACACCAAAUUUGGACCUCUCUGCUCCCAAUGUUGAUGUGAAUUUACCUGGAGCAGAUCUUAAAGGCCCUGAUCUUAACCUCUCAGCACAAACAAUUGAGGCAGACAUCCCUGUUCCAGAUGUAGAUCUUCAGGGACCAGAGGUUGACCUAAAGACACCAUCUGCAAAGUCAAGAUUUCCAACCUUAAAAAUGCCAAAAAUUAAUUUGAGUGGAAAUAAAAUGAAGGGACCAGACCUCAAUGUUGAUGCUGAUCUGAAGACACCAAAUGUAGACCUUUCAACUCCAGGGGUUGAUGUGAAUUUACCGGAAGCAGAUCUGAAAGGCCCUAAUCUUAAUCUGUCUUCACCAGCAAUUGAGGCAGACAUCCCUGUUCCAGAUGUAGAUCUUCAGGGACCAGAGGUUGACCUAAAGACACCCUCUGCAAAGUCAAGAUUUCCAACCUUAAAAAUGCCUAAAAUUAACUUUUCUGGAAAUAAAAUGAAGGGACCAGACCUCAAUGUUGAUGCUGAUCUGAAGACACCAAAUGUGGACCUUUCAUCUCCAGGGGUUGAUAUGAAUUUACCGGAAGCAGAUCUGAAAGGCCCUAAUCUUAAUCUGUCUUCACCAGCAAUUGAGGCAGACAUCCCUGUUCCAGAUGUAGAUCUUCAGGGACCAGAGGUUGACCUAAAGACACCCUCUGCAAAGUCAAGAUUUCCAACCUUAAAAAUGCCUAAAAUUAACUUUUCUGGAAAUAAAAUGAAGGGACCAGACCUCAAUGUUGAUGCUGAUCUGAAGACACCAAAUGUGGACCUUUCAUCUCCAGGGGUUGAUAUGAAUUUAUCAGGAGCAAAUCUGAAAGGCUCUAAUCUUAAUCUGUCAUCACCAGGAAUUGAGGCAGACAUCCCUGUUCCAGAUGUAGAUCUUCAGGGACCAGAGGUUGACCUAAAGACACCCUCUGCAAAGUCAAGAUUUCCUACCUUAAAAAUGCCUAAAAUCAAUUUGACUGGAAAUAAAAUGAAGGGACCAGACCUCAAUGUUGAUACUGAUCUGAAGACACCAAAUGUAGACCUUUCAACUCCAGGCGUUGAUGUGAAUUUACCGAAAGCAGAUCUGAAAGGCCCUAAUCUUAAUCUGUCAUCACCAGCAAUUGACGCAGACAUCCCUGUUCCAGAUGUAGAUCUUCAGGGACCAGAGGUUGACCUAAAGACACCCUCUACAAAGUCAAGAUUUCCAACCUUAAAAAUGCCUAAAAUUAACUUUUCUGGGAAUAAAAUGAAGGGACCAGACCUCAAUGUUGAUGCUGAUCUGAAGACACCAAAUGUGGACCUUUCAUCUCCAGGGGUUGAUAUGAAUUUAUCAGAACCAGAUCUGAAAGGCCCUAAUCUUAAUCUGUCAUCACCAGGAAUUGAGGAAGACAUCCCUGUUCCAGAUGUAGAUCUUCAGGGACCAGAGGUUGACCUAAAGACACCCUCUGCAAAGUCAAGAUUUCCAACCUUAAAAAUGCCUAAAAUGAACUUUUCUGGAAAUAAAAUGAAGGGACCAGACCUCAAUGUUGAUGCUGAUCUGAAGGCAACAAAUGUGGACCUUUCAUCUCCAGGGGUUGAUAUGAAUUUAUCGGAAGCAGAUCUGAAAGGCUCUAAUCUUAACCUCUUAUCACCAGGAAUUGAGUCAGACAUCCCUGUUCUAGAUGUAAAUCUUCAAGGACCAGAGGUUGACCUAAAGACACCCUCAGCAAAGGCUAAAUUUCCCACCUUAAAAAUGCCCAAAAUUAACUGGUCUGGAAAUAAGGUGAAAGAACCUGACCUUAAUAUUGAUGCUGAACUGAAAACACCAAAUUUGGACCUCUCAGCUCCCGAAGUGAAAAUUAAUUUACCAGAUACAAAUCCUCAAGGCCCUAAACUUAACCUUGCAGCACCAGCUGUUGGAGACAUUGCUGUUCCAGAUGUCAAUGUCAGUUUGCCUGAUACUGACCAGAAAGUACCAGAUGGAAAAUUUAAGUUACCAAAAUUUAAGUGGCCCAAAAAAAGAAACGCUAAUCUUAAAAACCCAGCAUUGAAUGUUGAUGUUAAUUUACCUGAAGCUGAUGCGAAAGUGCCAGGCCUGAACUUCAAGACAACAGAUCUCAACUUUUCAGCACACGAAAUUGAGGAAGAUAUCACUGUACCAGAUUUAAGUAUCAGCUUACCUAAAGCUGAACUCAAAGGAGCAGAAGUAGCUGUUCAAGCCCCAAAAGUUGACCUUGAUGUUCAGACUAAUUCAUACAACUUGCCAAGAGUCAACCUUCCCCUACCAUUAGGUAUAACAGGGCCAAAAGUUAAAGGAGCAAACUUUGAUGCUAAUCCAGAGGCCCCUGAGUUAAAUAUUUCAGUUACGGAUGUGGAUGUCAAUUUGCCAAAAGCUAACCUUCAUGCUCCUAUAGUAGAGCAAUUUAAUUUAACAGGGCCAAACAUUAAAGGACCAAACCUUGAUGCUGAUCCAAAAGCCCCGGAUUUGGAUUAUACUGUUUCUGAUCUGGAUCUCAAAUUGUUAAAAGCUGACCUCCAAAGCCCUGUAGCAGAACUGAAAAAAAUACACCUUUCUUCCCCGAAAAUCCAGGGAACCAUAACUGCACCAGAUCUGAGUAACAGUUUGCCUAAAACUGACAUCAGAGGUCCAGAAGUAAACCUGAAAACAUCUGAGCUCAACCUUUCUACCAAAGAACUUGAGGGUGAAAUGAAUGUGCCAGAGAUAGAUAUCAGUGUUCCCAAAAAACCUUACGCAGAUGUACAAUCACCAGAGGUAGAAAUUAUGGCCCCUUCAAGGACAUUCAAGCUGCCUCAUUUUAAGCUUCCCAGAAGUCCAAAGAUAGAGGGAUCCGAACAUGAUGUUGAUGUCACUGACAUAAAUGUUUCAGCUUCUAGAGUUGACACUCAACUUGAAAUCACAAAUGUAGAUUUUGUUGCAGCUCAACCAGACCACAAUCUAACGGCUCCUGAUGUUAGAAGUUCUAUUCGUUUUUCAGAUGUAAAUCAACAUUUACCAACAAAUGUUCCAUCAGAAUUAAAUGGUGUUGUUCAAAAUCUCUCUACUCCAGAAAGUACAGGUAGUAUCCCAGAUAUGAAAGGCCCCAAAGUCAUUAAUUCACCUGAACAGAGUCUAUCUGUUCCAGACAUUAAGGCCAGUGCUGACAUGCAAGAUGUCGAUGUCAACUUAUCUGACAUAGAUGUUGAGAAAGAGGGAGACACUAGCAACAGUAUGUUAAACAGGCCAAGCUUUAGUUCCUCUGGCUCAAAUGGUAAAGAUUCUGAUGUGGUUGAUGGGGAAGAGCAGAGUGAGGAAGAAACAGAGAGUGAUAAGAUCGAUGUACCAAUGUUUACCUUUCAUAGACUGCCACAGAACAAGAUUGAGAGAGCCCUCCAAGAGGCUGCCAAAUGUCCGCAUGUGACUGAAGGAGCUAUUAACAUCAUGGAGCGGUUGAAGAUAUUCCAAUCUAAAAUACCAACAGCCAAUGUCUUACCAGAAGUGAAAGGUGAGCUCAGUACCCCUGGUCUUGAUGUCUGUUCCAUCUCGGAUGCAGACAGUUCCACUAAGACAAAAAGAGGGACUAAACCCGAAUCUGGUGUAGGCCUGGAAUACCCUGUGAUAGACACAUCUGAGGAAAAUGAUAGCUUAUCAGUAAGGCUCUCCAAUAUGCUUGGGUUGAAUAUCAAACAGCUUGAUGCAGAUUAUUGCUAGUUUCCAACCAUGCAGUUAUUAAACUCUAAAUAAACCAACACAAAUGCUAAUAAUUUGUAAAUAUAUCAAUCUAAAGCACCAUUCCAUUUGUACAUGGCUCAAUGCCAGGAUGAGGUUGUUAUUCAUGUAAUUAUUUUUUAUAUAGGUUUGUCAUGGUAAUUUGUUAAUAUUGAUCCUUAUGUCGCAUGUAUAUUUAAACAACUGACUGCAAAAUGAAGGAAAAUGUGCUCUUAGCUCUAUGUGUACUCAAACAUAUUUAAAUAAUACAUAUGGUAAUGUAUUCCAAUGUUCAAUUUAAUUUUCACAAAUGUUUCAGCAUUGUAUCCAUGAUAAUUUGUAUCCAUAAUAAAUGUUCACCCAUAGGUAUGCAAUCUGUACGGAACAUGUUGUCUUGAAAUUUUCAAGCUAAAGCAAUUUUUUAACAGUGAAAUGUAAUAAAACUUUUUCAAUAAAAUACUGUAUCAACAUGUC